UUUUCUUCUGUACUUAUUUUUAGCAGUUUUAUUAUAAAAUACAAUUCCUUUUACAUUAAUAGUGAAACGAUAAAGUAUUUAAUAGAACAAAUUCAGCACAUCUAUAAUGAUCUGAGAGACAAUAAGGAAUUUGAUAUCGUAGAAAGAUAUGGAAACAACGCUAAAUAUUAUACGGCUACCCUUACGGCUACAAUGUUUAUCUUUUCUAGCACAAUUAUUCUCAUGGGUGCCCAAAUAGGACAAAAUUUUAUUAACAUUAUAUUAUCUGCGAACGUGUCUCGACCACAUCACCUGCAGAUUUCAACUGAAUAUUUUUUAGAUCAGAAAGUGUAUUUUUACUUACCGUUCUUUCAUAUAAAUAUAGCUAUGGCCAUAGGGUGUAUCGCAAUAGUAGCAACAGGAACAAUGCUCAUUGCAUAUCUUCAGCAUGCCUGUGGAAUGUUUGAAAUUGCUAGUUAUCGUAUUGAGAGAGCAAUACAAUUUUAUGUAACAAAAAAUAUUAAUCUGCAGAGCGAAAUUCGAGCUUAUAAAGGCAUUAUUCAUGCUGUAGAUAUUCAUCGGAAAGCUACAACAUUUUCCAACCAUCUAAUAUCCGAAUUUGAAAUAUCAUUCAUGUUUUUAAUACUAGUCGGAGUGCUCAGUUUGAGCCUAAAUAUUUUUCGGGUUUUUCAGAUUGUAUUAAUCGAAUAUAAUACUGAGGAACUUCUUGUUAAUCUUAUAUUUGCAUUUAUGUGUUUUAUAUACAUGUUUUUAUCUAAUUUUGUCGGACAACAAAUUAUAGAUCAUAAUAAUCACGUAUUUCUUACAGCAUACAAAGUUCGAUGGUACAGCACUCCUUUACCUGUACAAAAGCUGAUAUUGUUUCUGUUACAAAGAGGCAAUAAAAGUUUUGGUCUGCAUGUUGGUGGAUUGUUCAUAGCAUCUUUAGAAUGUUUUAGCACGUUAUUCAAUGCAUCCGUAUCUUACUUUACUCUCAUGUAUUCCAUGCGGUAAUAAAAACAUAAUAAAUCAAUUAGUACUAUAUCAAUGGAAAGUUAAUGAAAGAUUGCGUGCAACAUACCUCAUGUGUUAAAAGUAAAUACAGCAUGCUAAAUAAGAGAUGCAAAAUAAGAGGUCGAAAAAAGAUUUUAUAAUAAUUCUUAAUAUAAGAAAA